AGCGCCACUUUUUACUUCAACAAUUAUAAUCUUGCCCUUUGAAAAGUAGAGAGAUUUUUAUGAGAUAACACAAAGCACAAAUUUAUGGAUUUAGUUUUGCCGCGGUUUGUGUCGCCCAAACUCAAGAAUUGCAGCUCGCCAAAUGCUCCCGCGCUGCGAGGUGGUUUAGUUCAGGCCAGUCGGAAAACCCCCAAAACUGCUAGGGUUCGUUCGGAAUUCGACGCUAAAUUGAAUGGCGCCCUUUCUGCUGACUUCGACCCUCGCUUUACUGACCGGCAAAAGGCUCUUGAAGCUGCCAUGAACGACAUCAAUAGCUCCUUCGGGAAAGGAAGUGUUACGAGGCUUGGGAGUGCUGGUGGAGCAUUGGUGGAAACAUUUCCUAGUGGCUGCCUGACCUUGGACUUUGCUUUAGGUGGUGGUCUUCCCAAAGGAAGAAUCGUAGAGAUAUAUGGGCCGGAAAGUAGUGGAAAGACCACUCUAGCCCUCCAUGCAAUUGCAGAAGUGCAGAGGCUUGGUGGAAAUGCUAUGCUUGUCGACGCGGAGCAUGCUUUUGAUCCAUCUUACUCAAAAUCUUUGGGGGUUGAUGUAGAAAAUCUAAUUGUUUGCCAGCCUGACAACGGAGAGAUGGCGCUAGAGAUUGCUGAUCGCAUCUGUAGGUCUGGUGCUGUUGAUCUCAUUUGUAUCGAUUCAGUCUCAGCACUUACUCCUAGAGCUGAAAUUGAAGGUGAAAUUGGGAUGCAACAAAUGGGUUUGCAAGCACGCCUUAUGAGUCAGGCUCUGCGAAAAAUGUCAGGCAAUGCUUCUAAAGCUGGAUGUACACUUAUAUUUCUAAAUCAGAUCAGACACAAGAUAGGAGUGUAUUAUGGAAAUCCCGAAGUGACAAGCGGUGGAAUUGCUUUGAAGUUCUUUGCAUCUGUCCGGCUUGAGAUAAGACCUAUUGGGAAGAUAAAAUCGGUUAAAGGUGAUGAAGAUGUCGGUGUUAAAGUUCGCGUAAGGGUUCAAAAGAGUAAGGUGUCAAGGCCGUACAAACAAGCUGAGUUUGAAAUUAUAUUUGGGGAAGGAGUCAGCAAACUGGGUUGUGUUCUGGAUUGUGCUGAAAUAUUUGAUGUUGUUUUAAAGAAGGGGUCGUGGUACAGCUAUGGAGAUCACAGGUUGGGGCAAGGAAGAGAUCGAGCAUUACAGUUCUUAAAGGAAAACCCUCUCUUGUCUGAAGAGAUAGAGAAGAAAGUCCGAGUUGAGUUGACAGAAGGCAGCGGCCAAAUAGGUUCAUUUGUAAAGUCAUCGUUUCCACAGUCGGACGAGGUAGAUGCAUUCCAAGAAAUGCAAUGAGACGAAUGGCUGCAUACACCUUGUAUUAUUCAUCAGACUUGUUGUGUGUUCAUUUUCAUUUUCAUUUUCUGUAACUUGAAUAUUGGUUGCAACUCAGUGCAAUUGCUUUUACAUUUA